AUGCGAGUGGCGAAACGGUUGUUCUCCGCCGACACCAUGCGUGGGGUGUCUGCCGAGGAGCUCGCCAAGUUCCGCCUGCUGCAGAAGCGCUGGUGGGAUCCCUCCGGGCCGCUUCGCUCACUCCACCUCUUCAACCUCACCCGCGUCGGCUACAUCACCGAGAAGGUCCAUCAGUUCGAUCGCUACCGUUCCAACCCUAUCUACCGCCCUCCUGGCACCAAUCCCAGUAGUUACGAUGCGGGUCAUCGGAUGAACAGCACUGGUACGAACCCGAGCCAUCUACACCCUCACUGUACUGACACGGGUUGUGGCAAUGACACGCACACUCACAAUAGCAACACCCACCAUGACACCGGUGCCACUGUCAGGUUGCUGCGGGCGGAGCAUCGCGUGCUCGACGUCGGCUGCGGUGGCGGCAUUCUCUCGGAGGCCCUCGCGCGCGCGGGCGCGACGGUGCUCGGCAUCGAUGCCUGCGAGGAGAGCAUCACGGCGGCGAACGAGCGGCUGACGAUGUGGCGCGAGGAGGGGCUGCCGCCCGAAAGUGACUGGACGACACGUCUUUCGUACGAACCGCGCAGCCUCUUUGAGCUCGCGCGGGAGCGGCCUGGCGGGUUCGACGUGGUCGUUGCGAGCGAGGUCGUCGAGCAUGUGAAUGACGCCCGAGGCUUCGUGCGCGCGCUCUGUGAGGUGACCGCGCCCGGCGGGUUGUUGAUAAUGACGACGAUGGAUAAAAGCCUGCGGACGGCAAUUAGCCAUGUGCUGAUAGCAGAGUAUCUUACCGGAAUCGUCGAAAGGGGAACGCACGACUGGCGGAAGUUCAUCCCGCCGGCGGAUUUAACGGCAUACACGGCGCGUUUCGGCGUGCAUAAUGUGGAUUUGCAAUAUAUUCUCACUUACCCAGAUCUGUUUCCCUCUAUCGCCUCUCGGAUGUUCCAGGUGAACUUCAAACUCACCACCUCGUUCAACACGGGGCAUUACUUCUGGACGGGGUUUAAGAGAGAGAGCUCUGUAGAAAAGCAGUAA